AUGCAAAUGCAAGGAGACUUGGACAUAUCAAUGGUCUUAUCGGCGUUUUUCUUGAGGAAUAUCGGUCUGUGGAUAACCGACUAUCCCACGGAAGAACGUCGGAACAAAAUAAUGAUCAUUUACACAAUAUGGAAUUCUAUAUUUGCCACGAUCGUUAUUACCAGAGAUUUAUAUUUCACUGUGUUGUACAAAGGCGAUAUUCUUUACGUUAUUACCAACAUAUUAACCGUGACAAUGGGUUUAAUCAAGAUAUGUAUCAUAAUGAACCAUAAAGAGGAAUUUAUGAAACUGAUCGUGUACAUGCAACAACAUUUUUGGAACGUUAAGUACGAUUUUCGCGAGAAAGAAAUUUUGGAUAAUUGCAAAAAAACUUGCACCUUCUUCGUCUGUUCUGUCACCGUCAUGGGUACAUGUGCUAUACUAGCUUAUCUAACAACACCGCUUAUCGCAAAUAUUGGGAAAAAUAAAUCCGAAAGAGCAUUUCCUUUCAACAUGUGGAUGAAUUUACCAUUGUCCGUGUCGCCUUACUACGAAAUGAUAUUUAUUGUACAGACGAUAAGUACAUAUUACGUAUCAGUAAGCUAUUUUUGCUUCGAUAAUGUUUUCUGCAUCUUGGCCAUACACUUGGCUGGUCAGUUUCGCAUACUUCGAUACAGGUUUGCAAAACUAUGUGACAUGGAACGUCGGAUGAAGGAAAAUGAUAUGGAGUCGUCGUUAACAAAGCAUGUGCAUGUGUUUUACGAGAAAUUGAAGACAUGCAUUCGACACCAUCAGACACUCAUCACUUUCUGCGACAGGCUUGAAAACGUGUAUACGAUGUUGAUAUUUGGACAAGUGUUGGUAUUUAGUGUGUUGAUUUGCCUGUUUGCUUAUCAGGGAUUAUUGGCUGGUGCUCCUCCUGCGAGACGCUCCAUCUUCAUCUUUCUUUUAGUCGGCUCAAUAGCUCUACUGUUUAUGUUCACCUAUAGCUGUGACGGUGUGAUAGAACACAGUGAGAAAGUUGCUAUAGGAGCAUAUUCAGCGUUGUGGACGAUCAUGCCAAUGAACAAAUCUGGGAAGAUGCUUCGAAACGAUCUAAUAAUGGUGAUUGAGCGAUCAAGACGAGUUUGUUGUCUCACCGCGAACAAGUUUUUCCCUGUAUCAUUGGAAACUUACACCACGAUUUUAUCUACCGCAGUAUCAUAUUUCACUUUGUUAAGAAAUCGCGUGGAAGACAACAUUGUAAAUUGAUUGGUAAAAACAAAUCUCCAAUCGAUUCAAUAGAUUGUUCUAAGAAGAAUUGCAUUUAAAUAUAUAUUGU